CGGCGCUCCCGCCUCCUGCCGGCUCCCGGGCUCCCGCUGCGGCUGCGGUUCGGGCGGCCGAGCCCCGCGGCGUUGCGGCUCAGAUCUGGCGCGCCGCACGACCCGCGCCCCUGCCUCGCAGCUCGCCGCCUCCUGAUCCACGCGCCGCGCUGCGGCAGGUGCCCCGGGCGUCCUGAGACGCGGUGGCCUGAGCCCGGCCGUCAUCGAUGACCCGGGUCACGGACCUGCUCCAGCCUGGUCACCCCGUGUCGUGUGUCAUCAUAGGUGUUAGGUAUUAAAUCAUGGGGAGGAAGCUGGACCUGUCCGGUCUGACCGAUGAUGAAACACAGCAUGUUCUCCAGGUGGUUCAGCGAGACUUCAAUCUUCGAAAAAAAGAGGAAGAACGACUUAGCGAGUUGAAGCAGAAGCUGGACGAGGAAGGCAGCAAGUGCCGCAUCCUCUCGAAGCACCAGAAGUUCGUGGAGCACUGUUGCAUGCGGUGCUGCUCACCCUUCACGUUCCUGGUCAACAGCAAGCGUCGGUGUGGGGACUGUCUGUUCAACGUCUGCAAGAGCUGCUGCACCUACCAGAAGCACGAGAAGGUCUGGGUCUGCUGUGUCUGCCAGCAAGCCAGGCUCCUGAGAGCUCAGUCUCUGGAAUGGUUCUACAAUAAUGUGAAGAGCCGUUUCAAACGCUUCGGCAGUGCCAAGGUCCUGAAGAAUCUGUACAGGAAACACCGGCUGGAGAGCGGGGCAUGCUUCGACAUCCUCGGAGGAAGCUAUUUUGAGGCGAACCUGGAGAAUGAAGGAAGUAUUUCAGGAAGUGAGUCAGCAUUUUAUAGGCAGGCGGAAGGACACAGCAUGAUGGACACACUGGCCGUUGCCCUCCGCGUGGCUGAAGAGGCCAUCGAGGAGGCGAUUUCCAAAGCAGAAGCCUAUGGGGACAGCCUGGACAAGCAGAACGAGGCCAGUUACCUGCGGGACCACAAGGAGGAGCUGACUGAGGAACUGGCCACCACUAUCCUGCAGAAGAUCAUAAGAAAACAGAAGAGCAAAGGGGAGCCGCCAAUGGAAGAAGAGCCAGAGUGGUCACAGCCCCAGAGCUGCAGCGCCAAGGCGGCUGACGAGGGGACCACAGCCUCCCCAGAAGGCCACCAGGCUUCUGGUGGCACCCUGUGGCAGUUCCAGUCUGCAUUCUCACUCACCAAAGGAGAAGCCCUAACAACCCCUUCUCUGGAGGCUGCGUCAAGGCAGCUAGGGGACCAGGGCCAGCAGCCUAGGGAGGAGUUGGUGUUGCCCAGCUGGAAGAGCGUGGACAGGCUGGAUGAGACAAACCUGGCCCCUGUUUUGCAGAGUCCCGAUGGGAACUGGAUGGCCCUGAAGGACGGCACCCUGCCCGCUCCCCGCCUGCUGGCCACACCUAAGAGUGGCACGUUUCAGGCCCUGGAGGCGGCCUCCAGCGUGGCAUCCGCCUACGAUGAGAUGGGCUCUGACAGCGAGGAAGAUUUUGACUGGACGGAGGCCUUGAGCAGGCUGUGCCCACGGCCCCAGGGCCUGUCCAGAAACCUCCUGCCUCAGCCUGCACAGGCGCAAGGCUUGGACCAAGGGCCCUCAGCCACCUCUGCCUCCUCCAGGCUCUCCCCCAACCCCGAGGCCACAUGCUCUGACUCGGAGACCUCGUCGGCAGGCUCCUCCCGGGAAGCUGGCCGGCGGGCCAGACUGUCCUGGUUGCAGAGGAAGGCCCCCAGGCCCCCUGCAGCUGAGAAGAUACGCUUACAGGGAGAGCUGGACGUGAACUUCAACCCUCAGGCAGCCAGCAGGGAGACCUCGGACAGCAGUGAGCCUGAGGAGGCCCCCCACGCUGCAGACCGCAGGGCUAGGCGGUGGAGACGGGCCCGAGUGGGCUCGGAGGAGCCAAGCAAGGAACUGCUUUCCCCUGGCGCCCAAACCCAGAAGCUGGACACACGUCAGGUGUCCGGUGAUUUAUCAGACACCGACCUCAGCAGUGAGGCUCGAAACCCCCAGACCAGCACAGACAGCACGGAGGAAAAAGUGAGAAGCAGGCUGUUCAAGUUAGCGAUGAAAAUGAGCGAGAAGGAGACUUCUUCAGGGGAGGACCAGGAGUCCGAGCCCAAGACAGAGUCUGAGACCCAGAGGGAAAGUCUGUCCUCUGAAGACAACAGCCAGAGUGUCCAGGAAGAGCUGAAGAAGGAAAACAGAGAAGCUUUAGCUGUCCACUUAGAGCUACAGCUCUUAUCCACAGUGCUUGAACAGAAGUUUUCUGCUGUUUCUCUCUGCAACAUCUCCACAGAAGUGCUGAAAGUCAUCAACGCCACGGAAGAGUUGAUAGCAGAGUCUACGGGGCCCUGGCAGUUCCCACCUGUCCUACCUGACAGAGAGAAAGGGACAUUUCCUCUUGGGACAGACCCAGUGAGACUGGAUGAGCAGUUGACUUCCCUGGAAGAAAACGUGUACCUGGUGGCAGGCACAGUGUACGGACUGGAAGGUCAGCUGAACGAGCUGGAAGAUGCUGCCCGCUGCAUCCACAGUGGCAGUGACGAGACAGAACUGGCAGAUUUGGAGGACCAGGUGGCCACAGCUGCAGCCCAGGUCCACCAUGCUGAGCUCCAGAUCUCUGACAUCGAGAGCCGGAUCUCAGCCCUGACCAUUGCAGGAUUAAACAUAGCGCCCUGUGUGCGUCUCACACGAAAACGAGAUCAGAAGCAAAGAAACCAGGUACAAACUAUAGACACAUCCAGGCAGCAGAGGAGGAAACUGCCCGCGCCACCAGUGAAAGCUGAAAAAAUGGAGGCAUCUUCAGUGACUACCAUUAAAACAUUCAACCGCAACUUCAUUCUCCAAGGCUCCUCGACAAACAGAGCUAAAGAAAGGAAAAACACCUCCAAGGAUUUGACAGAGCCCACUCUGGAGUCAGCCGUGAUGUAUUAGCGCCAUGGAACUCCACUGCCAGUGACCCCACUGCCUCCGGCCGUACACGACAGUGCCUUGACCCAACAGCCAUUGAAUACUGUUCGGAUUUCCACCUGAGGAGGGAGUCUGGGGAGGCCGGUGCAGCAGCGCCAGGGCCGUCCCGAUACCUCCCCAGAAAGCCGUCCCAGACUUCAGCGUGGAGGUCCCGCCCACUCUCUGCCUGAGGCUCCCCGGGGAUCCAGACAGAGAAAACCACCGCGCUGGCUUCCAGCAGCAGCGCUCCACAUCCAAAAGAUGCAUCAUUUCCCUGUUCGCUUUGCUACUGUGUGUCAUCUUUACCGUCUUUUUUUUUCAUCCUUUUGAUUCAACUAGAAUGACAUGACAACCAAAGGAAAAUGGUUGGGGUAGAGGGAAGGGAGAUUGUAUGAUUUUAAUUCAUCAUGGAUUCUUAUUAAUCUCUCGCAAGCGUCUUUGUCUUGCAAAUGCUAAGGUGCAAAUGACCCUGUAGUGAGUACUAGGGACUGUCAAAUUUGGGGAGUGCUCAGCCAUCCAGGGUGUCGGUCCCCCUUCAGCCACCUCCUUUCUGCUAAGCUCCCAGCCCACCUCACCACCAAUCAUUCCCAUUGCUUUGCAAUCACAAGCCACAGACUGGGAAGCUCCGACUCCCCAUGCCACGCCCGGGUCCAUCUGAAACAAUGGCUCAUCAAGAAUUUAGGUUCUUCCUUGGGCUCACUACCCACUCUGAAGGGGAGGGGGGCCUGAGAAAGCCCAGCCUUGGUUUAACCUGAGGGCCAUAUCCAGAACCAAGGUGACGUGGGUUAACAGUGAUCCCAUCUAAAUACGAUUUAGGUACAUGGAUUAUCGCAGUCUAUAACCACAUGAGAACAUGUUAUCCUUCAAAAUUUAUUUCCCAAUAUCUAUCCAGCAAAAGUAGUAAAAUGACCUUCAAGACAAAACAAAAAACGAAAAAAUGGUUAAGGGACAGCCUUUGAAAACUUUACAGGUAUGACAAAGCAAGGACAAACUGUACAUUUAAUGGACACAAGAGUGGACACUAAAUCCACGUUUCCGGUCUCAAAUGCAUGACUUGAGUGUGUUUACAAAAGCAAAUGGAACUGGAAUUUCACUCAGUUAAUUGAGCAUUUGUAACCUUUCUUAUUUGCUCUUGGUACAUAUUCUGAAUCUGAAGAAAAAGGCAAAGACAGGAGGCAAGGGAAUAGUAUGACUGAUGUUUAUUUUCAUUUUAAUCCUUACAACAACCCCAUUCAGUAAGUAUUCCCAUUUUUCAGGUUUGGAAACUGAGAGCCAGCGAGACUAAUUCGCCAAAGGCACACCUUUAAGCUAAGUAUAGUUAGAAUGGCUCACAAGAGCCUCACGCUGUGUUAUUUCCAACUUUGACGUUCUUUUGCUGCUCAGCACACUUCCAGAGCUGAUUUGCUGCUGAAAUGGGUGUUAUGAUCCAUUCUUGAUGGGGGUCUGCAUAUCGUCCGAGAACGCUUCUUGCUGACGCUGUGUAUGUGUUGUCCAACAGAAACGAUGCCUUUGAAAUAAAGUCAGUCUUUGGCUUUGUGUUCUGUUGGUGUGAUUCAAAGCAAACAAAUACAAAUUUGAAAAACACAACAAAAGCGACCUGAAUUCCAAUUGAACGUUUCCUUUAAGAGGCAUGAAAAGCAACUAUUGUUGUGUUACAGUGUUAAAAUAUCCAGUUUUCCUUCACAAAAAUGUGUACUGUGUAAGCCUUGCAAAAAAAAAAAAUUAAAAAAAGCCUGCUCUAUGGCAUUUGAAUUUUUUAUAAAGGUUUCCUUGUGCCAAAUAAGUGCAAAGAUUUAAUUUACUAUUAAAAAUCAUAAGCAUAUGUUAUAAUUCCAGAAGAAUUAUUUUGUCAUCAAGUGAUUUUGAUCUCCAGUGUCAAUAUUUAUAUUUAGAUUAAUUUUUAUAAAUGAAAAUAUUUUAAUGGUUUAAGAAAAUGAGGACAGUGGGACCAUAUCUUUGAUGACUUCUGAACGUUAUGCCUGCCUUCCUGUUAUAUGCACAUUGCCAAGAAUUACU